AUGUCUAAAAAACGGGCCAGAAAGCGUAGCAGUGGUGAGCUGAGUGAGAGCUCCGCAUCGACUCUGAGCCUCGACCCGGACAACCUUUUGGGCCGCCGAAUCCAACACACCUGGAGAGAAAAGGGCAAUGUGACCAAGUGGAAGGGAACCGUACUUGAGCGGCUUACAGUCAACACUUCUCUGUACAUGGUGAAAUAUGAUGGCUUUGAUUGCGUCUAUGGCAUUGAGUUGUUCAAAGAUGGACGUGUAUCAAACUUGCAGGUGCUAACCGAAAAAGUUGUGAACAAUAAAAUCAAAGUACCACCUGGGGCUGAAGAGCUGGUGGGUCGUGCAGUAGAGCAUCUGUUCGAGAAGGAAGAUGGUGAAAAGAAUGAGUGGAGGGGAAUGGUCCUGUCCAGGGCACCCAUCAUGACUCACUGGUAUUACAUCACCUAUGAAAAGGACCCAGUGCUGUACAUGUACCAACUCUGGGACGAUUACAAGGAUGGAGAUCUGCGUGUCCUUCCAGAAUCUGAAAACAAGCAUUUACUUCCAGCAGACAGGAAGCCAGGGGAAGAGCCAGAAAGCCUUGUGGGUAAGCAGGUGGAGUAUGUAACAGACAAUGGUCUGAAGAGAACGGGUUUGGUGAUCUACCAAGUUCCUGCCAAACCCACCGUUUACUACAUCAAAUAUGAUGAUGAUGUACAUAUCCAUGUCUACGAUUUGGUGAAGACCACCUAA